UUUAAUUAAUAAAAUUAAUAUAAUUCUUUUAUUAAGUGCCAUUUUUGGUAAAGAAGAAUUGUUGGUACACUGUUCUUGUUUUCAAUGUGCUACUUGUGGAAUGGAUUUGGAUACACCAGAAGAACACGUAUUUAAACGUGAUGGACGUUUUUAUUGUCAAGUACAUGGAUCUUUAAUUAAAAAUAAUAAUAAAAAUAAUAUUGAACAACAACAAUUGAAUAAAGAAGAAAAAUCAAAAAAUACAAAUUUUUUAAAUAAAGAAAAAUUAAAAAAUGAGGAUCAGCAGCAGCAGCAGGGGGAGCAACAACAAAAAGAAUGGUGGGAAAGAAGUGCCGAUGAAUUUAAUGGAAGUAAAAAAAGGUGUGUGUGA